AUGUUCUUUUACAGCUUCAAAAAUGGCUUGACCACUGCCGCAAUCGACAACAAUGGGCCCAUAAGUCAUUUGGUGGGUGAUAAAUGUGAAAAAAGUGGAACAUUUUUAUAAACUUAAGGUCCUUGCUUUCCGAGCUGGCAGUAGGUAUGAAAACGCCCAAAUCCGCCGGUUUGGUGCAUCAUUUGCGCAAUUUCGUGGGUCGUGACGUCAAUUCCUACAGUGGUUUGAGCCUGGUGUGGUCAUCUGGGUCGAGUGGCUCUAAAGUGGUACGUUUUUCGAGGUAAACGAAGAAUCUGCGAUGGUUUUAGUGGUCAUUCGCUUCACGAGACGUUUUUGGCGUGAGUUUGAGCGUUCCAAGGGAUCAGGCUCCCUUGGCUUUGUCCAUCUUGGGACACGUCACUGCGCAGCCGGCUUUCAAACCUUGGGAAUUACAGGAUGUUCGUUUUCGGUUUGAAUUUUGACAGGAAAAUCUUUCAGAUUCUUAAGCUUUUUUCGUUUUUUGACCUUUUUUAGGUUCCUUUUUUAUGAUAAAAUACCCAUAUCACUUUUUUUCGUCUCAGUUCUCAGAACUUUGGGUCCGAAAAGGGUUCAGUUGGAUGAAAUUUCGUCCUUGCGUUUUCUCGAAAAAAAAAAUACUCUGAUGACUAUUCUAAAAAUUUUAGGUCGUUCCAACGCUUCACGCCGAUCGUGAUUACCGUAAUCCUAUUGAUAUCGCCAUUGAAGACGCUCAUAGGGCCGCUUUCAGGUUUUUCUUUCUUAAAUGAAGUUUCACGAAUUCAAUUUUGAAUAAUUAUGAUCAGAACAAAAGCAUUAGUUUUCUCUUCAAUCUUUUCAUUGUAGUAAAGUUUUGUUAAAAAAAAAUUUUCAGAACCGGAUCUUUGGCGAACUCGCUCUAUGCUGCGAGACACGACAUUGGAAAUAUCAAAUCUUCAGCGUUGGUCGAUUUCGCUGUGAGUUAACUUUUUCUGAAUUUUUAUUCAACAUGAGAUACAAUUAAAGGUACAUAGUUUCAAAGAUAAUUAUAUGAGUUUUCGAAAUUUUGUUUUCGAUUCUGAAGUUUUUAGGCAAAACAAUUCGUGACUGGAAACGGUGUACUCGUUGGUGUCAACGUCGAUGCUGAACAACUGGAGUAUUACGGCUCUUCGAAUGCUCCGAUAAACCAUGGACCUGCCGCCAGCUUCGUUCCUAGUCCUUAUGUGGUUUGUUGCUCCUAUUUUUUCGUAGUAGAAACGGAAUUCACUACAAUUUGUAUUAAUCAGAUUGUUCCGGAAUUGCAAAUUUGUCCCGUAAAAGUUUUUGAUUUAACUUAGAAAAUGCUUCUGAAUAGUUGAUUUUGAGACGUGUCUCGAUUUGAAAAAAAUUAAGAUUUGACUAAUGGAAGAUGGAAGGUUAUAAUUUUUUUCGAAAAAUUGAAAAAUUACUUGUAAAUUUCAUGAAAUUUGCCAGCUUUACUGGAAAAUUCCAAUUUAAAAACGUCAAAGAACGAGCUAAUUUUUUUUGAGAAGCUAUGAAAAAAAAACUAGGUUUUUUAUUUCUCUUCAAAAAAGAAAGCCCAGAGGCUUUUUUUAUUAAAGCAUUUCUUGGGGAUUUUUUUUCAAAUCGAUGGAAAAUUUCAAAGUUAUGUCCAAAUACCACCAUUUUUUGUAUUCCUACCAAGUUCUCCUUUAGGGGGGAGACUGGCGUCGAUCCGCCGCCAGUAGCAACACGACUAGCGUCGUUUUCGCUGGACUUGGCGCCGGAUCGGCGGAUUUCGAUCGCCUCGCCGUUCAGGCCGUCCUCCUCGAAUCUUUGAACCGUGCUUGUCGCUCCUUGCAGAAGUAACAAAUCCCUUGAAAACCCCACUAAAAAUCAAUGUUUUCCAAGGAACUCGUCCGGCGUGACCUUCUCGGCUCAACCCGUGCAGUUUGUGUACGAAGGGGCGGGUCUGGUGGGAAUUCAGAUGACCGCCAGCGGAAACGGACACAAAGACGUCGUGGGAGAUCUCGUGUCCAAGACCAUCUCGACUGUUAAAAACGCCAAAUUCGAUAAAAUCGAAGGUUCUUGGCAUUUUGAGCUCUAGAGAAACUGAGGACGAUUCAGAACUGAGAAGAGCGGUUGCCAACAAUAUCAAGAGCAAAGAAGAGUGCAGCCAGACCACGGCUGUCAAGACGGCCGUCGACGUUUUGUCGUCGUCCGCCGAUUCUGAAGCCCUCCCUCGAGCCAUUUCGAAGGUAUCUUUCAGAUUUCUGAUGAAAAUUAUUUGUUCUUGCCAGAUUUAUCACAAAAAUUAAAUCGAUAAAAGAUCUUCCGAAACUUUUUUUUUUGAACUUUCGACUUGAUGAAUCAACUUUUUUCAAUUUGUUUAUCAAUAUAUCGCAUUACUUUUCCUCUGAUAAAAAAAAAAGAUUUCGUGAUAAUCGCUUUUUUUCCGAUUUUGUACAGCUUUUUCUGCAUCUUUUUUGUACCUGAUUGCUUUUUUUGAUCCCCUAAGAAGGUUCCAUCGUUUUUUUCAUUCACAAAUCAGCUCAUUUAAUAUUUGAGUUGAAAGGCUUUUUUUCUAAAAAAAGUUUUAUAUGAGAAAAUGAGGAAUAUCCGUUAGUAGUCUCAAAGUCGUUAAAGUGAUGAUUGAACGAGAAGUCCGAACUUUCUUUCCAAUUUAUCAAAAUUUUUUUCUAAAGUGAGAGAUUAAGAAAUUUUUGAAACGAGGCUCGAGAUUUCCGUUUUUUUCGAGAAACUUUCCUUUUUCAAACGUGAUGAAGUAUUAAAAAAAGCAUUUUUUUGGUUUCAUGAUUGAACAAAAAGUUCAAAAAAAUCGGUUUGAGACGCCUCGUGUGAACUUUUCAGUGAUGUUGCAAAAUUUCAAAUCCACCUUCUUUGUCAAUUUUUUUAAUAUUAAGAUUUUUGUUGACCUUCCAAGUUUUUAGCCGGAAACUCUUUAUAAAAAAAAUAUUUAUUUUAUCAUAAAACCAAUAAUAAUAUUCUUAUUUGAAAUUUUUUUCCGAAUUAAGGUACGAGCCGAAGAUGUGAAGGCGGCUCUGGCUGGAUGGCUGAAGAAGCCGUCGCUUUCCGCCUACGGAUCCAUCGCCAAUGUUCCCUACGUCGACCAAAUCUAA